AUGGGACAAUUUCAAGCAUCCUUGGCAGUGCGGGCGUUCUAUGCGGCGCAAACGAUGGCAAACAAUCUGGGUUUCACCCUCACCCCAGACUCAAUGGUUAGCUUCCAAGACGCAACUUUUCCCAUGCUGAUUAUGACAUUCUUGGCAUAUGCUGGGAACAAUCUCUACCCCGUUUUUCUGCGUCUCAUUAUUUGGACUACAUACAGAUGUACUCCAAAGAACUCGUCACUUAGAGAGCCCCUGGAUUACCUCUUGAAGUAUCCUCGUCGGUGCUAUACGCUGCUUUUCCGUAGCAAACCAACUUGGGUUCUCUUUGGGAUUAUCUUCGUCUUGAACUUCGUCGAUGUUCUCUUGAUCGUUGUGUUGGAUCUGCAUAACCCCGCUGUCAACACCCUGCCCGGGGGACCGCGGGUGCUGGCCGCCAUCUUCCAGGCAGCAUCAGCACGGCAUACGGGGACGUCGAGUUUCAACCUCGCCGAUGUAAACCCAGCCGUCCAAUUCAGCCUACUAGUCAUGAUGUAUAUCUCUGUAUUCCCUAUCGCCAUUAGUAUGCGUGCGUCCAAUACCUACGAAGAACGUUCACUUGGAUUGUUUUCCAGUGACGGUGAGGUCGUCGACGAGAGCAACACUACGAAUUACGUCCUGUCCCACGUGCGGAACCAACUCAGCUUCGAUCUGUGGUACAUUUUUCUUGGGAUAUUUUGUAUCUGCGUUGCCGAAUCAAACAGAAUCAUGAACCCUUCUGAGCCGGUGAGGUCGUCUUGA